AUGUUUGGAAAUAGACGGAGAAGAGCCGUUUCGAAUCCGCCAGUAAAUUCAAAUGUCAACGCAUCUGCCGCGACCGCCGCGGCACAGGCAUUUCUAUCUUCUCAAGCAUCAAAUACUUCCUUGUCUUCCGCUGCAGCAGCUGCCGCGUUACGAUCCAGACCAACAACGCCUACUUCGGUCGCAGAUAUUCAAACCAAAAGGACAAUUCGGAGAAACGGUUCAACCUCUUCUGCUGGAAGUUCUGUAGGUGGUUCCGUACGUGGUCCACCAGGUUCGACCCUUGUGAGAAGAGGAAGUUCCGGUUCGAUGACUGAACGAACUUUUCGGGAAUCUUCGCCAGUUCCAAGUGCAUAUGAUGCGCCGCCUGUGCCGGCCAUUCCGCAAAAUAUCACAAAGGCUGGUGGGAAGACGUCACGAAGAUCUGCAAGUAUGGAUGCACCUGGAUUGAGAAUCGCAUCACCACCUCCAAACAAAACUGGUGGGAGAGGUUCGAGUCUUGGACCAUCAGCGACAGCAUCGCGUGGGUCGGGUCCAAGAAACCCAAGUUUAUCCAGUGUAUCUGAGAUGAAUGGGGAGAGUAGAGGGUCCGUCAAUUUUUCCUACCCUACGAGUACAAGGCCAAUGUCUCCUGAACAAAGACGGCUAACAUGUUCUGCAAGCUUAAGUACAAGCCCAAGGAUUGUUUCGCCACAUAAUCAAAAUCUAGUAUACGAUCCAAAUACCAGACGCUUCUUACCGCUAGCGGAUAUUCUAGCUAUCGAGCAAAGAUUGAAUGGAAUUGCUAAUGCUCCAGUUAAAAAGAAGAAACGAAAUCCGCCUGCACAAGGUACUCAUCUCGCAGCUGCUUCGGUGGGUGGAAGGAUAAAGGGCACCGCGGUGGAUGCAAUGGAAAGGGCAUCAAACACAUCAACCACACAACAAUCGAUAUCACAACCUUCCCAGCAGCCCAUGCCACAAUCUACCCAGCAACCCGUAUCACAGCCCACUCAGCAAUCCAUAUUACAGCCUAUACCAAAACCUAAUAAUCAACCGAAAUUACCCCCCGCGCAAGUCGAAACUUCUUGGGAAAAUCCCCUAUCUAUACCUGUCUCGGAAUCAAAUACUCAGCAAAAAUCUCUUACAGUGACAGCUCCACCAAGGAAGAAAAAAAAGCGCGUUAUCAUUACCGAUUCUGAUAGUGACCAGGCAUCAAUCCUACCAAACUCGUCUGCUGAUGAAAGUGACGUACCAUCACAUGGUUAUAAAACUCGAGCAGGCGCCAUCUUGGCGAAAAAGCCAUCAGUUGUACGUGAGGAUAGAGAAAGAGAGGAGAAAGAAGAUGAUUCACCGUUGCGCUCUGGAAAUGUAGGGCUUUUGGAGGAUCGCAUUGAACCUACCAGAACUAUAUCACCAUCUCCUUUGCCUCGGUCAUCUGCCGGUAGGGGACAUGGUCGAGCGCAAUCGUCAGCAAAUUAUGCGCAAGAACGCCAGCAUACCAGAUCUGCAAGUCAACCUCCAAUGACAUCUGUUGCCGCCCCUUCGUUAAAUGAAGAAUCUCCUCGUGGUGGUCGUGUCCAAUCCGUGAGUCCUGCGAGAACUCCACAUUUUAUGGCGACCCCCGAAACCUUGACGGUUAGGCACCAGCCACCUCCCAGAUCUGUAUCUCCACGAAAAUCAGCCUUGAAACAUUCUUCUAUGUCUUCCAUUGAAGCUCGAGGACCAUCACCAUCUGACGGAGGUUCUUUCCGGCUUAGUGAGGUUUCUAAUGAUGAGGAACAGCCAAGAAAGAAAGGAAACAGAGUUAGCUUUGAUGAGGGAAACAAUGUUGUAUUGGGUCAAUCGACAACCUUACCUUCUGGUUCACCAAUGGUUCCGAGUCCGCAGGUAAAGCGUAGCUGGUUUAAUAUUGGUCGUGGGAAGAAGAAGGACAUACAUGCUACAGAUGAAGAUGACGACGAAGUAAUGAAACCAAGGCCAGCUCUUCCAUCCUUUGGGAGUGUGAGGGAAAGAAAGACUCAUCGAGAGACAGAAGAACGAGUUCUAGUCAGACCACCAGAGCAAGUAACUACUAUUGCUCCUGUCACUUCUCCUACUUCACCGUUGUUCACUUCUCAUAUGGGAGAUGUAUUGGAAUUCCCCAUGGGACAAUCAAAUGAUCAUGUCGCAGGUUCACUACUCGCUCAUGAUGCCACUUCGAAAAAUGCAGCAAACAUUUCGAAAUCUCGCGAGCCUCUACCUCCUGAUGUCACAUCUUUGGAAGGGACCGGGGAAAUUUCAGAUGCUAGCAGUACGUAUAGCUUAGAUAAUAAUGCUAUCGGUAUUGCUAGAAGUAAUAGUGUGAGAGUUGGGCCAGAAGAUGGACAUGCUGAUACAUAUCGAGAAUUGGCAAGCCCAACGAAAGAUCAAUUUGAGGAUCACGAAUUGAAUGAAGAUAUUCCCGAAAUUGCUGUUCAAAUGCCUACUCCAACUCCAGAAGGCACACAAUCAAGAGAAUGGCUGGACAUGCCUGGUGGGUAUAGGGGUUCAGGAAGCUCUACUUCGAGUUAUGUGGAUCAACCCAAGGAUGAGGUUCACACUGCUACUGAGAAUGGUAUUAUUGGCACAGCUCUUUCGCCUACUUCCGAAACAGCAAAUUCAACAAAUGGUACCUCGAACUUAUCGGAGUUUGACGAUAGUACCAGAACAAGUUCGGAAGCUCAUCCUGCACCAAUUUUUGAAGAGUCGGAUGAGUCUGAAAACGACAGUAUAUAUAGUGAUGCUGCUGAAGAGUUUGAGACGCCAGAUGAUGGUGGUUUUAUGUCUUUGGAUGCUGUGGUAGAAAGUCCUGUAUCGGCAACUGCUAUACUAGCAUCUGAGCCAGACAGCCCAAGAACUAAAUUGGCGAAAGAAAGAGCAUAUAUGUCAAGUCAAUUGCAAAGAAAGUCAAGUGAACCAGAUCCAGAAGAAGGAUGGGAGAAAGCUCAGCAAUACUGGAAAAAUUUGUCAGUGGACAGGAAGAAGCAAUUGGAGCUAGAUGCAUUUAAGGUGACAGAUGAAGAAGAGGGAGAAGAAGUGACGCCAGCCCCAAAGCCAAAGAAAAUGAAAAAGAAAUCGGUAACAAUACAAUCGCCUACCUCUCCUAUCAUGCAAACAAUGCAACAAUCGCCAUUUCCACAAGUUCAAAAGCAGUCAAAUAAGGAGAGAAGUUACAUGAUUCAACCAGGAUCAAAAGCAGGCCCCAAUGCUCACGGUCAGACAACUAUGCGAUCAUCUAUGAGAGCGGAACCUCCUCAUGCGGAAUCAGAUGUUCACAUCAGACAAUCUAUGAGAGGACCUGGUUCAACGAAGGGAGCAACUCAAAAUGGAACAGCUCAGCAUAAUGGAAUACUUCAGAAGAAACAAAGACCUGUUUCUCUUCCUCCUGCUAAGACUCAAGCAAGUACUCAAGCUGUAAAUCAGCAACUUCGACUUAUUCAGGGUGCUGCUGCCACUGCUACUUCGCCCAAUUUUCAAAGAAACAGUGCAACAGUAGCACCAGCUCUCCUACGACGUAAAUCAUCUGGAGAUAGUGAUACUAGUUUCAAACGUGCUAGACCUGCAACAGAUGGAAUAAGUAUGAGACGUUCUAUGCGUCGUGAAAGUGAUGUAUCAUCAAAUGGUCGUCAACAAUCUCCUCUAAACUCAAGUCGAUUUAGUCUUCGAUCAUCAUCACCUGGUGGACCUCCUGCUGUGACUAUGCGAGGAACAAUGCGAAGUUCUUUAAGAGGAUCUAAUGAUUCUACUGCUCGAGCAAAAUCUCCAAUCAGAAUACCUGGAUUCGGUAGAAGUUCAUCAGCUAGACCAGCUCCAAAACAAAAGUCAACUCAACGAUCAAGUCGAUUUGCUGAUUCGAGUGAUGAAGAUGAACCUCGUGCUGGAUUCAGAAGUCGCUUUGUGGAUUCAAGCGAUGAAGAUGAACCUACACCUAUAGCUCCUAUAGUCGCACGACCAAUAUCAUCACGUGGUACACCAGUUCGAAGUAUACCAAAACCUAUAGGGUAUCAAGAUGGAGAUUCUUCUGAUCUUCCAGAUAGUGAUGAUGAGAGUCGACCUGCCACAGCUAAGAGUUUAAAUAAAUCCAAACCAAAUGGCAAUAGACCACCAUCUCGAAAUACGACAGCAGCAUCUGGAGAUUUACAGAGAUCAGGUUCAGGUCGUGGACUAAUCAAGGUCGGCAAUGGACAAAUCACACCGAUUACUCCUCCUAGACCACAGGAUGCUCGACGUGGAAGUAUUUUAUCUAUUUUUAGGAAAAAACAAGAUCCGAAUAGUAAAGUCAGGAAGUACAAUGGAGAAAGUCCGGCUAGGAGAGAUACACAUUUGGAGAGAAGUAAGGAGGAUCUUGAAGCUAUUAAGAGACCGGAAACUCUUGGUAAAUCUGAUUCUCCGAGAGUUUUGAAAAAGAAUCCCAGACAAAAUAGUGGAUCUUGGCCUUUGGCUGAUGAUACGGGAAUCAAAGUACCUUUUGAAGAGGGUAGACCGUUUUCUGCGGAUACAGGAGCAGGAAUUGUAGGAGGUGAAAAUAAAGAAGUUGUUGCGGAAUUGAAUGGAAGACCAGAGGUUGGGAAUCGAAGAUUUACGGCUACGGGGUUGAGUGAUGUGGAUGUUAUGGGGCAAGGAGGAAGUCCGAGAAGAAAGAAGAAGUUUCAGGUUUUGAGAAAGAUGUUUAGGUUGGAAGAUUAG